AUGGCGGAGCACCGGUCGUCGGGGGGGAAACUAGAGGCCCCCGCCAAUGCCGCGGCGACGCUUUCACCCCACACGGAGUCGUUAUCGAGGAACAUUAAGGGGAGCAGUUCCUUCCGCGGUCGCACAGGCGCGGCCAGCAUGGAAUCAACUUCUCCAAAUUUGGCACCCGGCGUCAGCAAAGGCGCGUCCGCCGCGCCGGCUGACGGCUUGAGUGGUGAAGCGCCUACGCAGCUGAAAUCCAUUCUCAUCAACCGUCAGGCGAGGAACCCUGCAGAUGGCAAGGAUGAACAGGGCACGCGCCUACUGAAGCUUCCUGCAGAGGGAGACGACGACGCGAUCACGGGGCAGAGUUUGGCUUCUGGGCCAAUGCCCUCGCAGUUCGUGCGCAAGCGACGGGGUAUCAGAGAGUGUUGGGAUCGGUUGAUUAACUUCAUGAUGCCCCUGUGGGAGAACGAGGUCAACUUCGUUUUGAAGGAGGAAGCCGAGAGGCAAGCCUUUACCGAGAAUGGCUUGCGACCAAUUCGAUCCAAGACGGCCCCUUUUGCAACAAAGUGUGAGCCGAUGCCCAGACAUGAUCGCUUGCUGAAGAACAAGAGUUACCUAGCAAAUACGAUGAAAAUGCAGGAGACAGCGGGGACCACAGUAAAGAGUGUCGGAUCGGUGGCGUCAGCAGCGUCAUCUCUGACGAGUACUCUGCAGGUGAAACGGCGGCCACUACGCACGAGUAUGAGCUUUUGUGGUCUUCGAUUUCGGGACAAGAGGAUGGAAGAGGAGUUCGUGUUCAACAACAAUCGGUUGUUCAAAUAUAGGAAUGCCUUUGCAGGCUUCCUUUGCUUUAUUUCCUGUCUUGCCAACUAUAUUAUUCUGUCGCUCUCUACAACAACUGGCGUCAUCCUCUACGGAUCAGUUCCAGCCGUCGUCGGUUUUCAUGUCUUGGUCAAUUCUUCCUUCGUCGUGAUUGUUUGGUUCAUGUUCGUCUAUCGCAUGCCAUUUUUCCGCAAUUAUCAGGAACAGACGUCAUACCUUGUCGCCUUAUCGGCAUAUGGCGUAGUCUUCGUGUACGCAGUACUUGCGAAAAUUGACCUUUACUGGGGAGAUGUUUGGCAACAUAUUGGACAGGAUUUUCUUCCUAACACCCUGCUGUUCUACAAGAAUCCCGAGUAUCCUCAUGUGAAUGAUACCAAUGAUCCCCGUUUCGUUAUUUAUAUAUUGCUGAAUGAAUUCAUGUUGAGUGCCGUCUGCGAUUCUUAUUACUUCGUCAUUACUCAUAUCUUUGAUUCCAUCUUGCCGUCAAGGAGUCGGUAUGUUCUAGUAUAUCAAACGAUCCUCAUCAGCAUGAGCUAUCUCGUCACCUUGCUCGGCGCAUGUAGAUAUCCCUUACUGCUCUACCCGGCGUUCAUAAGGCUAAAUGCUAUGCUAACGUGCUACGUGGUCGGCCUGGCGGGCGAGUUCAUGGCUGAGGUACAGCGCCGCGGUCUGUUCUUCGAGUGGUAUAUGAUGAGGAAGAAACUAAACGAGGUUCAACGCGAGAAAAAAAAGGCAAAAAGGAAGCACGCGACAAGUGCACUGGAUGAUUUGCGCGCCACUAUCACUGAGAUACGAAACGUUCUUCUACAAGCCAAGAUCCGGUGUAAGGAAUACGAUGUGUCCGCUGAGAUCAACCAAGUCCUGGAGCUUGUGGAGGACGCCUUGAAGGUUCUCGCGAACUCGUGGAACUUGUAUUCGGUCCAGGUGGACGAGUCCCUGCAGCAAGAAGGAUUCAUCAAAGCGAUGGACGUGGAGCCGAGGGUCAAAAGAAUAUGCCUUGUUUCUGGGCCGCAAGGCUCGACGCGGACAAUAGUCAAGAGCCUGCGAGAGACGGCUGCCUCUUGUUCUCGCUCAAUGGAAGUCCCGCUAGCUGUCUCUAUAGACGAAGUCAAACCGACCAUGGACCUUCUUCCGGUUGUCGGCGUCGACUUCAGCUACGACAUCCUGCGCUUCAGCAAAGCGUGUCCUGACUCCGUUCUUCUCGAGGUCGGCUACGCCAUGCUGAGUCGACCCGUCGCUGACUGGGGGUGUGACGAUACGGUUCUUCGGGAGUUUCUACACACAGUCGAAAGCCUCUAUCGUGAUAACCCAUAUCACAGCGCAAUUCAUGGCGCAAUGGUUGCCCAUUCAGUGGGUUGUCUUCUGCGAGGCCUGGGAGUCUAUCGCGAGAUGAACUCUGUGGCCACAACUUCCUGUGCAGUGGCUGCGCUGUGCCACGACAUCGGCCAUCCGGGAAGGAACAACAAUUUCUUCGUCGCCUCUGGCGCGCCGCUGGCGGUGCUCUACAACGACAAAGCCGUUCUGGAGAACUUCCACUCCGCUCUCGCGUUCCGCAUCCUUGGCAGGCCCGAGUGUAAUGUCUUCGCCUAUCUCACUGAUGCCGAAUUCAAGGAUGUCCGCGCGAAUAUGAUCGACUUGAUCCUCGCGACGGACAUGAAGACACAUUUCGAUUUCCUUAGCCGCUUCCGAAACAGGCGCCAGGCGCCUGGGUUCAAUUUCCAUAAAGUACCCGAAGACCAAUGGCUUGUGGCGGAGAUCUGCAUCCGCGCCUCUGAUCUCGGACAUGCGAUGGUUGAGUGGGAUCAGCACUUUGAGUGGGCGUCGCGCGUGGUGACAGAGUUUUAUCUGCAGGGAGAUCAGGAACGCCGCAUGGGACUGCAUAUUUCGCCUCUUUGUGACCGAGAAGAUCAUUCUUCAUUCGCCAAGUGCCAGCAAGGCUUCCUCGGCUACGUUGUUAAACCUCUGCUGCUCGAGUUGGCGGAGUGCGACCUUUCACAAAGGAUCACGCCACAGCUGACCACCAACAUCGACCGAAACAUGAAGCGAUGGGAGGCAUUCACGAACCAAGAAAUCACUGUGGUUUUGUCAGCCGCAGCGAUGAAAUACGAUAUGAAGUACCAAGAGGUGGAUGCAAGCGUGGAUGUCAGCCUUCUCACGGCCAAAGACAUUUCAGGGCUAGACAAAUCCGAAGACGACAACAGUCAGGGGCCGAAUGGCCAUCACAAAUCCUUAGACAAUUUGAAAUCGUCGGAGUCAGAUGGAGGCCCGAGGCGAGGUGCUAGCUCCAGCAGUGCUACCGACGACGAUGACCGCACUCUGAAACUUCAGCAGCAGCUUCUGCAGCAGCAGCAGGACUUUGAAAUCCAGCAGCAGAACCUGAUGAAACAGAUCAUCGAGCGGCAGGAACAAAACGCGGCUUUGGAAGAGCAGCUUGAACGUCACCGCUGCGAGCUGGCGAGGCAGCAAUCAGAGAUGCGGCGCCAAGAAAAGGCUAUAGAACGCUUCAAGAUGGAAGAGAUGAAGGCACAGCCGUUCAACGAAUCGAGCUUCUUGAAGCGGUUGUCGGGCAGUCGCAGGAAGACGAUUAUCGGGGCGAUAACCGCGAAUGGUCUUUUCGGCGACGCCGAUGACGGAGAACUCGACAGCGAAGAUGGGUUUUGA